AUGGAAAAUUCUGACAGUUCUGUGAUAUUUGGCAUAUGUUUGGUGGAUUUUCAUCAUAAGAGAGGCCCUGAAAUUGAGUAUUGGCACGGGUUACCGGAUGGGGUAAAGAAGGAUGGACUUUGGACAAAUUUACCCUUUCAAGCUCUUCCAGAUGGGUCCCAUUCAUUCGAGGAAACAUUCACCUAUUUCACUUUAUUAUACGACGAAGAUAAUCAUUGUAGCCCAAUAAAUGGAGCUACCGAACUUUCUGCAAAUGAUGUGAAUAAUUACUCGACGUUAUUCGCCAUAUCUUGCUCUAGACAAAUUAAAACUGACGAUUUACUAACAAAGGAUAAAGAUGUCACACGUUCCACCGUCCAAAAAGCAAUCGUAGUAGUAUUUCGUGAACCAAUAUUUGGUCAAAUUAGAGAUAAAUUAAGUAUCGUUACAAAUGCUUACUUUCUUCAACAUGAUUUUACAGAUAAACAGAUAUUGGUAUCCCUAUAUGACAAUUUGAAAGUGCUCUAUAAAUCCUCUUCGACAGAAGACAUAUCAAAUUCCGCGAAUAGACUGUAUAUUGGAUUAUGUCUACGGAAGGUUGUACAUGAUUUCAAAAAGGAUGUUUUAAUAUUAUUGAAGGCAAUGAUAUUAGAGAAAAAAAUUAUAUUUUAUGGGAGCAAUGUGGAAUACUUGUGCAAUUUACAGUUCAGUUUGAUUAGUCUCAUACCGUCUUUAUUAUUAGAUUUACGGGAUAGUGGGAGCCCCCUAACGUAUAAGGAUAUAUCAAAGAUGGAAAGAGCCACAUCAUUUAAAUCAAGUGAUCGUAAGUCGGUUUUAAAGUUUUUAGGAUUGCCAUUACAAAUAUUCCAGAAAGGUGGCUUAUUUUCACCAUAUACACCACUCCAACAAGUUGAUGAUAUUAAAUCGGAGAAGACUAAUUUUUUCGUUGUCGGUUCUUCUAAUUCGUUACUUUUUGAAAGAAGAGAUGAAUUAUGUGAUAUAUUGGUGAAUGUUGAUACUCUGUCACUAGAGAUAAUUAAUAAAUCAUUAGAUGGACCUUUACAACUUACUGGACAUGAUAAGAAAUGGAUUGAAUCUAUUGUUGCCAUCGUCGAAGAAACGUGGAACGAAAAUGAUGAUGAAACACCCAAGAAUUCACAAUUCAAAGGUAGUGAAGACUUUAUAAGAUGGCAGUUUGAAGAUUAUAUAACUGGUCUUCUCUCCUCUGUAAAACUUUUUGACUAUGUGAAUUCCAACAAAGAUAACCCAGUUGCAUUACAAAGCAUACCUCAAGAUUAUCUAAAUUUGAAUCCCUGGAGUUUAUAUAAUAUCCAUUGGGUAAACAUGUGGGAAACUACAAGGAAUUAUGAAAUUUUCAACAAAUUGACAGAUGAUAGACUUUUUGAUUUGUUUGUUCCAAAGCAUGCCUAUAAUGGUGUUGAUAACUUUGUAAUAUUUCAACAGAAACUGAUCUCGGCAUUCCAAAAUCUCAGAAAGCACCCAUCCACUGAUGCGCCUUCAAACAAAAGUAUAGAAGAUGAACAAGUGUCGAAGGUGGUAAGUAAUGGAAAUACAGUUGAUAAUGAAAAGAAAACUCACAAUGAUAAUGAACCCAUUCCAAAGGAGAAUGUUUGGUCAUCGUGGAAGGACUACUUUAACAGGAAGAAAAUUAAAAAUAAUGAAGAUGCAACAUGUUUGAAUAACGAUACUAAUGAUACAGCCAAUUCAGUUAUAUCUAAAGGUAGCUCUAACAAUUCCAAAAAAACGAAAAAUGACGACAACACAACGAAUACAAAUUUACAACAAAAUUCAACAAGAAAAGCUAUUGAAAAUGCCCUAUUAGGUCUUGGAUUGCAUCGUGAUAAUCAUCAAAGGGACUUAAAUGAAAGUAGCGAUGACGAUGACAACAAUGAAUCGUUUAGUUCUGCAAAGGUAAACCAGGAUGAGAGUUUUAGCUCUAAAGAACAGGAGAAAUCUAGUAACUUCAUUCCAAGAGAUGAAAAUUCAAACUCGGAUAGUAUGACUGCUGACGAUUUGAUAUUAACGGAAGAUGAAAAAGAGGAAUAUGUAGUUCCGGAUGACACAACUAAGACAGACAAAUAA